AUGGCGUUACGCAGCCCGUGGGCGAAGCACCUGCUGCGAGAGCACCAUACGGAGGUCGUUCAAGAGCACAACAAGGAGGUGGUUGAGGGGCAGAGCAUGGCGGCUGGAGGAGAGACCGUGGAGUGGACGCAGCAAGCCCGUCGGAAGGUGGUGCAGGAGGGCCACGUGGAGCAGGAGGGCCACGUGGAGCAGGAGGGCCACGUGGAGCAGGAGGGCCACGUGGAGCAGGAGGGCCACGUGGAGCAGGAGGGCAGCGUGGAGCAUGUGGAGGAGCACGAGGCAUUAGUGAGGAAGCGGAAGCACUAUGCUGCUGCUGAUGGUGCUGCUGAUGGUGCUGCUGAUGGUGCUGCUGAUGGUGCUGGCCAUCGCACCAUGGAUGGAGAGUCAGGACGCUCUAGUGGCAGUGGCAAGUCAAGGCGCUCGGCGGCCGGCAGUCCGUCAGAGAUCGCUGCUACACCCAGUCACCCCGCGGCUGGCUGCCCGGAGGGACGCACAAUCCUGCCGGAGCUUCACUGCCGCAGCAGCGGUGGCACCACCAGUGCAAGCAGUAUCUCGCCCCGGCCCACCUGGGUGACGUACUUCCAUGCCAAGCUCUCAGGCCAUUUGAGUCACCUGAGCCGGUCAAUCAUGGUGCAAGGCAGAUGGUUGAGGCAUGUGUUGCAGCAGGAGAGGGUGUUCCAGCAGGUGAGGGUGUUGCAGCAGGAGAGGGUGUUCCAGCAGGUGAGGGUGUUGCAGCAGGAGAGGGUGUUGCAGCAGGUGAGGGUGUUGCAGCAGGUGAGGGUGUUGCAGCAGGUGGGGGUGUUGCAGCAGGUGAGGGUGUUUCAGAAGGUGAGGGUGUUGCAAUAA